AUGGGUCACAUUCUUCACCACAAUAUUUUCGACAAGGAUGUCCACAUUAGUUUGUUUAAGUGCAAUUUUCUCUGCAUUUAUAUUUUUGCAAGUUAGAGCAAAUUUCCGUUAUUGUGUGGGCACAUUUCAAUUAUUUGGUUACUUCUUGCUAACAAGGAGUGCAAUUAUGAUCUCCACAUUCUUUCUAACAAGAAUAUUUAUGAGAACAUGGCCAUUUUUUAUUGCAUGGUUGUUUGCAUUUAUAAUUUUCUAAUUCUUAUUUGGCAUUAGAACAUUAAAGUUUUGCUUAAUGUCCACAGGAUAACUCCUUUUCUAUUAUUUCUCUACAGGGAGUACAUUCUUAGUAACAAAAUUUAUCACACGGUUAAUUAUGCUAGCAUAUUCGUGGUUUUAUACAUUUUUCCAAGCAUUAAAAUGAUUAUAAAACAGCAGCUUUCUGAUCAUAAGUUGUUUGAACUUUGUGUCCACAAUUUAAAUCAAUAAUAACUUAAUUUUUAAGGUUCUUUUUUUAAUUAUUUAUAUUUUUAUUCUNGUAAGUAAGUAAUAAAAGAAUAAAACCAAUUUAAGGACAUUCUCCUUAAAGAUCACCAGGUAAAUUCUGUUCAAAUUUAUUGAACAUUAGUAAUAAAUUUGCAGGAACAGGUGGAAGUAAUAAUUUAUAAGUUAUAUAACUUAUUAGUGACAUCAUCAUUAGCUCCUAAGAAAGCAUAAGCACCUUAAAAAGUUCCAAAAUCAGGUAUCUUUCAAGCUUUACCAAUGAUUGAAUAGACUCUAUUUAAAAAAUAUUAUGAUAGAGGAGAUCUUCCAAUUGCAGUUAAUUUUAGUGGAGCUGUAAGAAAAAUAGUUUGGAAAUGUGAACCUGAAUGUUUAGAUUAUCAUUUAUAUCUUCCAAUAUUCUUUGAAGGACUAAGAGAAACUGAAGAUCCUUACAAAUUCUUAGCUGUUAAUGGAUGUGAAGAAUUAUUAUAAAAAGGAGAAACUAAGAUAUUAUCAGUAUUACCAUAAUUAAUCAUUCCUAUUAAAAGUAUAUAUUUAUAAUAUAUAAAUUCUUUAAUAGAAGCUUUAGCAACAAAGAAUCAUGAUAUUAUGUGUAUUACAUUAAAGAAAAUAUAAAAAUUGGUUAAAAGUGGUUAAAUGAUAGGAGAAGCAUUAGUUCCUUAUUAUAGAUAAAUAUUACCAGUUAUGAAUAUGUAUAAGAAUAAAAGAUGUAUAUCUCUAUUUAUUUAUUUAUUUUAGUAAAUAUUGGAGAUAAAAUUGAUUAUUCAUAAAGAAAAAAUGAAAAUCUAUCUGAUCUAAUCUAAGAAACAUUAGAAACACUUGAAAAAAAUGGAGGAGAAGAUGCAUAUAUUAAUAUUAAAUAUAUGAUACCAACAUAUGAAAGUUGUAUGUUUUGA